GUAAGAGUCUCAGUUAUUUGUCAUUGUCUGCUCGCAUCUUGAGUGGAGUACUCUUUCUGGCAAGCACCCAUUCGCAAGAUAUGUCUGUUAUUGUUGACAUUAUGAGGCCCCUAGUGUCCAUCUUUGUACCGGGGCCACGGCCGAGCCGCAACACGAAACGUCUACGAAACAAGAAGGGAACAACGCCGGGCGGCAAGAAGAACUACGCAGACGUCUUCGUCGCAUAUACCUUUUCCCUCCGGCGCUUCAGUCAUGUUGACGGGGCUUCGAACAACCUGCUCGCCCUAUUUCUCGCGACGGUCGCGCUCUACUUUCUGUUCAUCUUUAACAUCUCGGUCUGCAGUAUAACAUCAGGGUGGAACAAUUAUGACCCCAAGAACUCAACUCCCCGCGAACCAAAAGCCGUCGCGCUAGUACAACUGACGACGGACACGAAGGACACCAGUCGCAUUGAGGACACGACCGCUGCCCCCACUUCAGCAGGAGCAGGAGGAGGGUUCUUAUUUGCCUACGCAUACAAGACUCACGGAGGUCACGAGGGCCGGGUCGCAACUGGUGGAAGACCGUCUCCGGAUGAAUAUGAAAACGGCCUGCGCAGCUUCGCCGAGCCGGACCCGGAUAGGGGUCUUCGUCUUCCAGAUGACUUGGCGGACGACCGACACGGUGAUGAGCAGAGCGCCACAGAGCUCGAUGUCGAAGAUGAAGCACAAGAAACAACGGAAGAAAACUACCCAAUAAAAACCACAUUGCGUCGUGAACAGAUGAUGAUGACCCGCGGAGCAGCUGGACCGCCGGCCGCAGCCGCUGAUAGAAGGCAUAGCGCAAAAACUUCUCGACGAUCACGAAAACACGGGAACGGCGAAGAAGAUGACCUGAAGAUUAUGCUGGAAGAAACUCUCCAAAAACAAAAACACCAGCAGCACUCCACGAUCGAAAGUGAUGGUCGUACGACGGAACAGAUGACCGGUGAGGAUACUAGUACGAUCGGCGACAGUAGUACUCCUUCUGGUAGCAGAAGUAGACGUAGUGGUGCAACAACUGGUACAACUGGUGGCGCCGCAGCUGCAACUACUAAUUCAAAAUCGGCGCAGCUCCAGAUGACCGUUCAAAAAUCCUCCAAACCGCGAUCGCUGGUUCGUGCCGAGACGAGUCCCUCUGAUGUUGCAGCAGUUGAUGACGAGCAUGCUGCAGAAGAAGAGCAAGACCGGGACAACAGCGCGAUGGACCACGAGCACGACCACGAAACACUAUCAAGUGACAGCCUGCUGGAGCACGAUCACGUCCAGAAAGAGCUAGUACACGGGAGAAGUGACAACUGCAGCACGACGAAUCUGGACUGGGAGAUCUGGCCGAACAACGGGGCCAAAAUUGUCGUAAAAGCCGGGCUAUGCAUUGCAGCAAAAGCAUCGCACGACGUAGUAGAAAUAGCAUUGCAAAUUUUUGCAGGAAGAACGAAAGCUUUAAAUGCUCAUGCUGAAUUAGAAAUAGAAACCACCUCUGUCACGCUGUAAUGAAAUUGGUUUUGGUACGACACGAGUGCGAUACUUUUGCAGACGAUACGGGCAGCUCAACUACGAGAACCGCGCAAGGAACUGCGCGGGUAUGAAAGCGCCGGACUGCGCAUACUACGCAUGCAAUUGGCAAACCUCUGAUUCUGGGAAGAAACUGCACACUAACACAGCUGGCAACAAACCAAGCGUAUCCGGGGGAUAUCCUGUGCAAAAAUAUCGCGCCCGUACUAAUAACACCGCCCAUGGAUGACAAAUCUGGCUCCCUAAUUUAGUUUGCAUGACACAUUGCAUUUUUCUUCUAUGCGAUUCAAUAUAUUACCUCGAGUGCGAUUCUUUUGCAGUGCAUAGGGCUUUUUCUAGUCCGAUCUUCAGGUUCCGGUAUCCCACCUACAAACUUCCAGCGGGCGCCUAUGCGUUGUUAAUAUGUCUGGCUCUGGAAGACGAAGAGUGCAUUUUGUGUUGCAUCAUGGCUUGCAUUCCUAAACUAAUAUCAUUCUGUAAUUGCAUAUGCAUAGCCAGCAAAGGCGCCAUGACUUUUUUGUCCUGGAGCAACGCAGUGACCCAUUGCCAUGCGUGCUGCGCAUGAGUAGAUGGCGUCAAAUUAUAGACUCGUCAUGCUUGGCUGCACUUGAAAGGUUGAAAGCACCGGACCCAUCGAUUUCGAUGCUUAUUCGUCCCUCGAUGGCGUCACAAGUUUCAUCCAGGCCCAGACAUGUGUGAAUUCGAUAGCGCCAUGGGUGUGCGGAAAAUGAAAUUGUCGAUGGAGUUCUACAAAAUCAAGAACAGCGGUUCGGGCAGCGGUGCUGCGCUAUUCCUCUCGAGAUAUGCCAACGGUUGCGAUGCGGAUCCCAAGGGGCAGGAAACCACCUACAUUUUCAAUCUCGACGGGCCGUAUUUCGAGCUGCGGAAGUGGAAGAAUCUCCAUCAGCCAGGACCUGCGGGAGACACUGUUGCGAGCACGGCCUACGAGCACGGAACUCAGACACUGUGCAAAUCUCCGUGUGCCGAGGACGACCCCAACGACGUGGGGAAAAAUUUUGCGAAGGAAGCGAAAGCGAACAGCAUUCUCAAGAAAAGCGCCCUCGCGGGCCCGUCGGAAUGGAAUGAGGUCACUCUCGAGCUCGACAAUACAAGCGGGAAAAUCAAGCUCGGCGCUAACGGCAGGUCGUGGUUUCUGAAAGACAAGACAAAGGGCUGGAUUAAGCUGUACCAGAACUCCGCGACGAAUCAGAUUUGUACGGUUGGUUUCCGACCCCACCGGAAUCGCAUUCGCAUUGCAACGUCGACCACCACAACGACAACCUCAACAGCUGCGCAGGCGCAAGGCGGUACCGCUGCUAAGUCGGAUGGGUCUUCAUCUCCAACGCAGCAGGAGAUGAAGGCAGUGCGAGGCUUCGAUCUGAAACUAACCGUCGAUGACAGUACCGACGUAUCACACUGAAAAGUGUUAACGUGAACGGAAUUUGCGAUGAUCCAGGAAUGCACGAGAAAUGAUGCCUAAAGAAAUUUGUAUUGCAUAGCAUGCAGUAUAGCGAAAAUUUGUCAUGCAUGACUGCAACGCCUCAAAGCCGUUACUUAACGUUAACACUUUCUUGCUUGAGACAGCGUUCAGGUUCUCGCGCGGGACCUGCUCGACCCCGUGAAAGAAGCCGUCGUUGCGUUUCUGGUGGAGAAAAGUCCGGACCUGGGGCUGACCCCUGCCGACAUCGACGAUGACGACGUGCUGAUAGACAGCAAGAGUGCUCUCUAUUCCUCGACGCUGUUGCAAGGAAUGACGGGGGAGGAGGAGAUGACGGGCGAGGACGUCGAUUCGUCGAGAAACAAAGAAUUAUCCAGCCUCCAGCAUGAUAGCGGAAGUCGGGAACAAAGCAACGCGGCAACGGUCGGCGCGGCGUCCUUCGCCGGUGCGAGGCCUGCUGUUGCAUCCUCGAUGAAAGAAGCAGACACGAAGAGCGAGGUCAAGAUGAGGAAAACUCGCAGCACUUCUAGAUCUUCAUUGGAAACAAGAACGAGAGCAACUUCUUCCAAAACCGUGGAGCUGCAGGCCUCGGUGGGAGUUUGGGGCGACGUGGAGGCGCUCCAAAAACUCAACGACGCCUGGCCGGCGGGUUCGAAUUUGCUCGGCAGUGAUGACGUUGCAAUUUUGCAGGGUUUGCUGUCGCAGAAAAUUGACGAGACUAGCGCGCUCGACGACGUUGUCACCGCAAUCGAGGAAAUUGGGCCGCACGCAGCAGCCGAGGCCAGUGAGACAAGACAGGUACUUGGAGCCACGCCUGGGAAGAACGACCAGACCACCACAACCACCACGACUGCAGCGCCAACCGAGGAAGAGAAAGAAAACAGCGCUGCCAUGCUGGCCGGAACUGUGGCGGUCGUGGGGCUGCUCCUGGCCGGUGGCAUCGCAGCCGCCGUCACCUACACCGACAGUGCAAAGCAGCACGGCGCAGAAGAGGAUAAUGUGGACGAGGAGGUCGUAUGCAACGGUGACAAUCAUCCCACACGAGUCACAUUAACCUCGUAGAUAGAAGUUUUGGCUCGAAUGAUAAUGCUAAUGCCGUGUAAAUUUUUGCAUUACGUUUUUGUACAACAUUGAACCGCUGCAACCAGCAGAACAAGGAAGGAUGCGGUGGUUUUUCUAUUGACUUGCAUGGUGCUUUUGCCAUUGCAUGAAAAAGACAUGAAUCUAAACACGUUAUCAUUAGUCUUGGCCACCAGAUGGAGCACAGUUGACUUCUUCUGCGUAUGCAACAGUAACACUGUUACAAGAAGCUGUGGGCUGUGACUCGUGUGACUACAGUUUUCGUGAGGACAUCGGGCAGAAGGCGAGGCAGAUGGCAACGACGCGGAACAGAACGUAAGUUUUCCCGAAUGAUGUAGAAAAAUGUUGCGUGUUGUGUGCACUUAAAAAUCUUACAGAUAUUUACAGAUGAAGAUGCUCCUUGUUGUUCAAGGUAGAUGUUGCCGCAGAAUGACAAGAUCAAGAAAGGUCAUGAACACAAAACUUUGCAAAACGCAACCCAAUGCUUAUUUAUCUUCAAAUAGUAUAAUUUCGGCCCGUGCGCCGCCAGUGUGCAAUAUGUCGCGACACAAACAAACUACUCUCUCGCUCGUUGUCAUGGUUAUGGCCUUCAUCACAUGGACAUGUUGGGCAUAGGUAGCGAUACACCCCAUCUGCAGGAACAAUGACACAUCACUUCUUUUUAUCGUAAUCACAGGUUCCGAUGGACGCAGCUCCCGAAGCAGGCGGGAACGCACCGCUUGGGAGUGCUUUCGGCGGCGGCGGCGGCGGGGAAAUGUAAGACUAGGAGUAAGUAGUCGCACAUCAAAUUAUCGUGACUGUCCUCAGACAAAAAUGCUACACCUUUCAUCUUGUUCAAAGUCGGCGUUGCUGCACUUCAGCGCGAUUUACUUGCGAUUGACUUCCUCGCAGACGACAAUUGUCUUCGUAGCGCUAGCUGCUGAAGAGAG